AUGGAGUGCCCCCACCUGGGCUCCAGCGUCUGCAUCGGCCCGGACUCGGCCCAGUUCCCCCACGGCUCCCCGUCCUCCUGGUGCUGCAGCGUGUGCCGAUCCAACAAAAGUCCUUGGGUCUGUUUGACUUGUUCAAGUGUCCACUGUGGAAGAUACGUAAACGGUCAUGCAAAGAAACAUUACGAGGAUGCACAGGUUUCUUUAAACAACCAUAAGAAGACAGAAAAGCAAGAGAAAGUUCAGCACACUGUGUGUAUGGAUUGCAGUAGUUAUAGUACUUACUGUUAUCGCUGUGAUGAUUUUGUGGUUAAUGAUACCAAGCUGGGACUGGUACAGAAAGUCAGAGAACACUUACAGAACUUGGAAAAUUCAGCUUUUUCAGCCGACAGACAUAGGAAAAGAAAACUAUUGGAAAACUCAUCUCUAAACAGCAAAUUAUUAAAAGUAAAUGGAAGUACCACUGCCCUCUGUGCUACAGGCCUGCGAAAUCUGGGGAACACAUGUUUCAUGAAUGCUAUCCUUCAGUCUCUCAGUAACAUUCAGCAGUUUUGCUGUUAUUUCAAAGAACUGCCAGCAGUGGAGUUACGGAAUGGGAAAACAGCAGGAAGACGGACUUAUCACACCAGGAGCCAAGGAGAUAACAACGUUUCCUUGGUGGAAGAGUUCAGAAAGACACUCUGUGCUCUAUGGCAAGGCAGCCAAACUGCUUUCAGCCCAGAGUCCCUAUUUUAUGUCGUUUGGAAAAUCAUGCCAAAUUUCAGGGGCUAUCAGCAGCAGGAUGCCCAUGAAUUCAUGCGCUAUCUUUUGGACCACCUGCACCUGGAACUCCAGGGAGGCUUCAAUGGUGUUUCUCGUUCAGUAAUCGUGCAAGAGAAUUCAGGUCUUUCUGCAAGUAACAAAUGUUGCAUAAAUGGAGCCUCUACCGUUGUCACAGCAAUAUUCGGAGGCAUUCUUCAAAAUGAAGUAAACUGCUUAAUAUGUGGGACAGAAUCUAGAAAGUUUGAUCCAUUCCUAGAUCUUUCAUUAGAUAUUCCAAGUCAGUUCCGAAACAAACGUUCAAAGAACCAAGAAAAUGGACCAAUGUGCUCCCUACGGGAUUGCCUUCGCAGCUUCACAGAUUUGGAAGAACUUGAUGAAACGGAGUUGUAUAUGUGCCACAAAUGCAAAAAGAAGCAAAAGUCCACCAAAAAAUUCUGGAUUCAAAAAUUACCAAAGGUGCUAUGCUUACACUUAAAAAGAUUUCACUGGACAGCAUAUCUAAGGAACAAGGUUGAUACAUAUGUAGAAUUUCCCCUGAGAGGCUUAGACAUGAAGUGCUACUUGUUAGAGCCCGAGAACAGUGGUCCGGAGAGUUGCCUUUAUGACCUGGCUGCUGUUGUUGUACAUCAUGGUUCAGGUGUUGGCUCUGGACAUUACACAGCGUACGCGACUCACGAAGGUCGGUGGUUCCAUUUCAACGACAGUACUGUAACAUUGACUGACGAGGAGACCGUCGUCAAGGCGAAGGCCUACAUCCUCUUCUACGUGGAGCGCCAGGCCAAGUCCGGAUCCGACAAACUUUAAUACCUCCUUUCCAUCCUGGCGCAUCACGUCCGUCGGACAAAACGUUUCCAAUUUUCCAUAAAUACUUGAUCCAAGACAUUAAUUUCAUUGUGCACUUUUCAACUUCCUAUUGUGGGUUUAGUUCUGUCGUGUCAAGUAGCAUUUAUCGUAUCGAACGUGGAUACCGACUAACUUUUUUUUUUUUUUUUUUAGUUAUACCAGAAAACCUCAGCAGACGUUUUGAUUUGCUGCUUUAGAUGUGAUAACUUGGUUUUUUUAUAUAUAGUUUCAUGAACUUAGUUAUAUUUGACUUUUUAUAUUAAUGUUCCCGGUUCUCACUUUCUUAAAGGCACAUUUACAUCAGAAGCUUUUUGUUAUCCUCAUAUUCAGUAAGCAACAUAAACGUGCUCCCGGUUGCGGAGAGCAACAGAGCAGCCUCCUGCUUCUUCACAGCUGUAAUGUAGAUCAGGUUGGUUCUGUUGAAAUCAAGGCUUGUGCUUGCACAUAAUCUGGGGCCCAAGAAGUUAAUGACCUCCGAACAAUCCUUUUUUUUUUUGGCCAGAAGAAGACAUGCAAUGUGGUAUCAUUAAAUUUGACCAGGUAAUUGCUGCUAUCCGUAUGUAUCAAGGCUGCUGCCUUUCAGGACUAACUGAAAUAAAAUCGCUGGUUCAGUUGUUUGUGUACU